AUGACGCGAGAUUCAUUGCCAUUUUCAUUCCCUCCUCUCUUCCAGCCUGAUACAUCCUCAACAUCACUUGUCCCUUCGACAGCCGAGGGAAAGCCCAUACCUUUCGACGGCAGCACUGCGGCACAUCGUACAUCUGCUCUCCGGGAGCUCAACAGCAACUAUCCUUCCCGUCACCGUUACGCCAAGUCGACUGGGGCCCAGAGCAGCACAUACUCUCAGCCCGUCAUUGUGAGGACGUACUCCGGGUCUCACAGUCGCCCCACGAGUACCAACCGCGGCAACGGUUCCAACGGAGGCGGUCUCGGCUCUCGGGCAGCCUUUUCUGUUGUGAGCAGCCCUGCGGCAUCUGUACGGCGCAUCAUAGCUCUUAGGACUCCAUUCAGUGGGAGCAAGCCGUCUCAGCAUGGCGGCCUAAGCAUAGCGAGAGGCAUGGCGAAAAAGCGGCUGGAGGGCCAGGGUGCCCUGACCAAGCUUCCACCCGUCGAAGCAUACAGCUUCAAGAGCAUGAUGGCCAACAUCGAGUCGCAGGAGGGGGAGAACAACAUCAACGCUGACCUCGACCGUAUUGCUGAGAUAUGUGCUCGGUCACGGUACUCGCUAAGCAACCAGUAUGAGGUUCACGUUGCUCCUCACGGGUCCGGUUCAUCUUUUGCAGGCCGAGCCUCAUCGUCUAGACGCCAACGCCAGAAUGCCGGCCCUACGUUAGAGGCCGUUGUGUCGGACGACGAGCGCAGGCAUAAGAGGCGCAGCGGUGGUAGGAGAAGAAGUAUAGCGAUGGGUACACUUGAAACCAUCAUGUCUUCGAGCCGAUCUUCCGAGGAAGACAAGUCGAAGAAGAAGUCGGCCGCAGAGAUCACGGCCGAGGUACGGGGCAGGACCGCAAGGAAGUCUUCAGGUAGCACAUCGCCGACUUCAUCGGGCAGUGAAGCCGAGGGGCCGUCAAGCAAAGAUCCGAAGGGCCAGCCUCCGCCGCUUGUGCGGCAGAAGUCAUCCUCAUUCGCCACGGCCAUGCUAGAGAGCACACGCCAGGGCUUUGCCGCCAGUAUUGCCUCACCGCGGAACUCAGCAACAGGCCUGGUCAGCGAGCCAGCUCUGCCGAAGACCUCGACGAGCCAUCUCGAAGUCCGAACAGAUGCUGAGGAGAACGUGGCCCAUCGCCGUGCAGCCAAGGGCUCGGACGAAAGGCCCCGGGCUGACGGUCAUGAACCCCAGCACCACGAGACCUUGACCCAGCCCGAUCAGACGAAGCCACCGGCGGGACUCCUGGCUGGUCUGACCGGCUGGGUGCCGUGGAGACUGCCGCCGAUUGUGGGACUUGGGUCAGCGUCUGCUCAAGGCGGCGUUUCGAGGAGCCAUGCUGAGGGUAGCUUGCGGGAACUGCUUAAGACGGCCGGUUUCAAAAGUAAAGGAAAGGCCAUCGAGGGCCAGUCUUGA